GCAAAGCCUCACCCUACUGUCAUUUAUUUAUUUAUUUAUUUUACAGUUUGCUUUGAUAUUUUCCGGUGAAGUUCUUAUAAGACUUUCAUAAUCUCUAUUGUGCCACUUUUGCCAGUCUGUUUCAUCUUGUGAUGCUUAGAUUGUGUAGUGUUUGACUGUGUCGGAAGGCUUUUCUUGUCCCUUUCGUUUUCCACCACACUUACAGCCCCAGGGGCACUUGCGCAACAGCAAAACGCGCUGCGGAAAGUUUGUGCGUGUCGUUUUCUCACCUCCUGUAAGCGCACUGAAGGAGCGGGGCGUAUGUGAGGAGGCGAGAGGGAAACCCAUGACUUCCGCGUUUUUCCUCCGUCCCUGAAACUGUCUGCAAAGCCAAAGUGGACUAUAAAAAGCCAUCAUGGUGAGCAGAGCUGAGACAGUGACCUGUAGAGCCGGACUGGUCUGCAUGACAUUCAGAGGAGCGUGGAACUGCGCGUGUCUGUGGAGGUUCAGGACAAACCCUUCCACGCACUUGAAGGCUUUUCAUCGCUUUUUGACCCAGAGUUUCUAAACUGGACCGUGUGGAGGACAGUCUCUCUGAAGCCCACACAUCUGCCUGCCCAUUAACUGGAGGAAACCCAAGCACAGACAUGGACGUAGAGUCUCUGCAGAAAAGUGGACGCCGGCGUGGACAUUGUCUGGACACUUGUCUGGUCAUUUCUGUGGUUGUUCUGUUUGUAUCCGUGGCUGCAGUGGGGGCCGGUGUGGUCCUGGCUGUCAGGGACCUCCAGUCCAAAGUGGCUCCCCCCGCUCGGUACCCAUUUGCGGCCCCACUUUCAACAGAGCCCACAGACUCCCCAGUUUAUAAGAUGCAGAAUUUUGCCUACCUGGAAGCCAGCUCAAGUGAAUUACAGAGCUCCACCAUGAAAUGGCGUGUCAUCGACUACGGUGCUGGAGAUUCUCUGGGAAGCAACUUCCUUUUCGACUCAGCGCAGAAUUCACUUAAGGUCAAACGAGAGGGGAUCUACUUCAUGUAUGUUAAUCUCAAUUUCACCUGCUCAUAUCGCUGCAAGGCCGGUGUCCUCAGUGUGGAUCUGGACGAUAAACUCACCUGCAAGGUUGAACUUCCAGAGGUUUCAAACUCAAAACCUGUGACCAAGAAGUGCUGGACGGUGAGCUGGAUGGACACAGUGGGCAGUGUGCUGCCUCAAAUGACCGUACCAGAGGGACUGGAGAACUGGAAGCUGGAGCUGAGGGGCUCAGGAUUUGGGAUGUUCCUUGUGGACUAAAACAGACAAUGUAGUCCUACAUUUUACAAUACAUGAGACUCCAGAUCUGCCUGACACUUAUGGACAAAACCAGAAAGAACCAACACCAGACUCUCUUUGAGUCAACUGGUAGCAGGCAGACGCUGUCUAAGCUAUGAGGGUAUUUCUGAGGAGAAGAGAACAGAUAUGGACUAGACUAGACACUCACUUCAAUCUGGAAAUAUCUAGAAAAGUUACUCUGUAUAUAAUCUAUUUAUUUUUUUUUUUUUGUGUUGAUCUAUUUAUUAAUAUUAUUUAUAUUGAUAUUGUUGUUUUUUUAUAGAAUUUAUUUUAAUGUAGGUAUCACUACAUUAGUGUCAAAGUGCAAUACACUUAGAAUUCAUCAUACUUGUAUCAUCACCUUCCUAAAAUAAUUGUCGUUUUUUACAGAUUUUUCAGGGAACACAAAAACUUAACUACUUAAACAUGAGGAAAUGAUUUAGAUGAAAAAGUCAUUUUUGUAAAAAAACAAAAAAAAAAAACAAAAAAAAAACUCAAGCAGUUAUUUUAGGAAGGUGAUGAAUUUUCAGUCUACAUUAAGUUAAAUAUGACUUUAUGGUUUGUCUUUCAUUUUAUAAAUGGAUCAGGACUAUAAAGAUAAGGCUGUUUAAAUGCAUGAUUUUAAUUGUCAAACAAGCUUUUCAGGGAUCUCAUUUUGAUCUUCUGUAGUAAAGUGUAUCUGCUCUAAUAAGUAAUAAUGAUGAGUAAGUUUCUGUGCUUGAAAUAACUCACAAAGUGACUCUAAAUCACAAUUAAAAUAUGUC